CGCCCCUGAGCAUUUAGGGCAAAGGGGCAGGAUCCCUACAAGGACGCUCACGUGGCUCAGAACAGACCUCGUGUGUGUGUGUGUGUGUGUGUGUGUGUGUGUGUAUGCUUGUAUGUUAGUGGAGUCUGGCUGCGGAUGCCGUGGGAACUGACCUAUUGGAGCUUUCCUGUAAGUCUGCGAUUCUGCCAGAACACAGAACACAGGUGUGAAAAGGAGGAGACAGGACAGCGCACCUGGGAGCCCACAGUUCUGGGACGUCUGCACCUCGCCUGGGAGCCGCGGGGCCCAGAUCGGGAAAGAGGGAAGGCCCGACGUCCCGGCCAGCUCCUGGCACCCCCUGCGUGGGCACAACGCCUGCCGCCUGACGUCCUGGUGACCCACGUGGACCAUGUGGGGGAGGGGCAGUGUGGUGUUUGGGGCGCACCUGCCCUCCCCCCCCCCCCAGAGGACAGGUCGGACGCAGAGGGAUUGUUUCCAUGGCACAGAACCCGGGAGAAUGUAGCCAGCCUGCCCACAACUCUGCCCGUGCUGGUGGCCGUGAGAAGUGCGGGAGCCCAGCUCCGCGGAGAGGGUGGGCGUGUCCAGGGAGCCCACGGAGGCAUUGCUGUUCGAAGCACGAAGAUGCAGAAGGGGACCGUCCAUGGGGCCUUGGGGCCCACCAGCCUCAGCACCCAUGGGAGCUUAGACAGCAGACGUGUUCCUGACGGAGGCAAAGUGUCCGAGGUCAGGGGCAGACGGGGUCCAGUUCAGGGCAGAGCCUUCCUGCCCGGUCCUUCUGUGCGGGAGAGAGGGCUCCGUCUUCUCUUUCCGUAAGGGCACUAGUCCCACUGUGAACCCCACCCUCAUGAACCCCCCAGCCCUCAUCGCCCCCCACAAGGCCACCCGCUUCCAAAUGCCGUCCUCCUGGGGUUAGGGGUGCAGUUCGCACUCAGGACACCACACUCGUCCCUACGGUCCAGACAGUGAAAGGGAGUGAGGGUAGCCUCACACCGUAUGACGUGUCCUUGAUGAGGGCAUGUCGCGUAUCCCCUACAGGACACGAAGGCGCAGCGAGUGGCACCGUUGGUUACCAAACUGGGAAACGCGUUUAAGAAAAGUUCUCAACCAGGGAAGUUGUUUUACUUCCUGUUUGGUAAGGAGUAUGUUUGAUUUAAAAAUUUUCCAUUCUUCUGA